GGGAGACAGUCACACUCUGAGAACGUGUGUGGUGCCUGACGCAGCGGCCAGCAGACUGUGAGGACGUUAGUAAGGCUGUUUACCGCCAGGAUGUGGAAGAUGUGGGUGGUGGUGGUGACGGUGGUGAUGGCGGUGGUGACGGCGGAGAAGCUGGGGGAUAUUGAAGUCAUCACCAGGGGGGAGCUGGGCCAGGAGCAGUUUCUUCCCCCAGGGAGAACCAGGUUAAGUACACUGGUGCCCGUGGGCCUCAAUCCCCCCAACCAGGUCCAGAACAACCCCCCACCCCUCAGCUACCUACCCCCGGUACAGACACCACUACCCAUCGAGCCAACAGCAGCCCAGCAGGAGGUGGUGGCGCCGGACGGACUAUAUCAGGUGCCACAGAACGCACCCUCGGUGGUCCAGCAACCCACCGGCCUGUUCUUCCCACCUGACACCCACGAGACUAUCAACAGUGGCACAGCUCACCAACCAGCAGGAGCCUUCUCUCCCACAGCGGGUGUUAGCGUGGGUCUGGGCGGCGGCACGGACGACGUGGGGAACUAUGGUGAACCCUACAUAGGACCCCCCUUAGUAGAGGACUAUGAUGAGGACACGUCGGACGGUUUCUUAACAGGACUGCAGGAUUCUAAAUUCACCAUACUCGGCGGAGUCCUGGGCGCUAAGGCAGCAGUCGCCCAAGGCUUCAAGGACGCCCAAACUACCUUCGUUGCCAGCCUCACCGACGCCAUAGCCUCCAAAAGCGCCGCCUUCAGUAGUCUCAAGUCCAAGAGCACCUCCAGCGAGGGCAGCUACACCGACAGCUCUGAGGAAGACUACCAGGGGGUGGGCGUGGGCGGUGGACCUAUACCUGGAGUGAGCGGAGGAGUGUAUCCGGUGUCCACGCCUUCACCUGUCACCCCUUAUCCAAUCUACCCGCCCUACCCACAACCCGUCUACCCGCAGCCCGUCUACCCACAGUCCAUCUUCCCGAUGCCCAUCUAUCCCCUGAGACCCAUGUACCGGCCCAAACUUAACCUCUUCACGGGGAUCAAAGCUAAAGUAGAAGGCUUCAAGUCCAAGGUAGGAGGAAUCGUUGGUGCCAAGAAGGAAGUGCUUGCCGGGGCCUUGGCCAAGGUCGGGGCUGUCAAGGAGGAGCUUAAAGACAAGAUCAGCAGCGUCUUCCGCAAGGGCCCCAUCACCUACCAGACUUAUCCGACCUACCCGACUUACCCCCAUACCCACCCGACUUACCCCCAGACCCACCCGACUUAUCCCCAAACCCACCCGACUUACCCCCAGACCGACCAGACUUAUUCCCAGACCCACCCGACUUACCCCCAGACCCACCCGACUUAUUCCCAGACCCACCCGAUUUCAUAUGGAAGUGGCAAGACCCAGCUGGACGCUAAAAAGCAACACAUAUUUGAAGCCAUAGCUGGGGCGUUCGCCAAACUGAAGACGCCUUUCCACACCCUCCAUCCAGUAUACCCUCAACGUUAUUAUGGCCGCCGCCCAUGGUAGAUCAGCUGGAGAUAAUGUGGACAAACUGACUUACUGUGGUUACUGUAGUGGCUGAAGCUUGUCACACAGCUGGAUUUAACUUAAUUAUCUUUUAUGACGAAUGAACUAAGGUUUAACAAAAGCUCUUCCCUUGAUUACUGACGUGCUAGUUAUGACGUUACAGGGGAGGCAUGAAUCCUAGUUCAGGCGUUGUAGUUAUGUCAGGGAACCUUUUAGGUAAAUUACAGUAAAUAAGUUAAUAUUAUAAGCUAACUAUAAUAAAUAACCUUUAACUAUUAAACUAUGUCAGUAAUUUGGAAAUUAGUGAUAUAUUAAAGAAAAAUCACUAGUCUGGGCAUUACCAUAAUUUACAUAUUUCAGAUAUUUUGUAUAAUAAGAAUUUGCUCAGUACCUUCCCAAAAAUAAUAUAUCAUGUUAAACUAUUUUUUUUCUGUUUGAGGGAAAAUCUUUUGUUGGUAAUUGAUUGAGGUAAAUAAAACAUAACUCUUA